AUGCUUAAUAGCGAUGUCGAUGGAACACUGGAGGCCAUUCUGAACAUCUUGGACACCUACGAUUCGAAGGAAGUAGAGUUGGAACUUGUGAAGUUCGAUGUCGGACCGCCCAGUGAAAGUGAUAUUGAAUUGGCGAAGGAUCUGGGAUUGCUGUUGUAUUGCUUCAAUAUAGAAGUGCCUGUUGGACUGAGGCGUUUCGCCGAGCGCCUUGGUGUGGAAAUCAAUCAUUUCAAUGUUAUUUAUCGUUUGGUAGAAGAUCUGAAAAGCCGUUUAUCGGACUGUCUUCCGGAAGAAGUAACCUUUGAGCAGGUCGGCGAAGGCCAUGUAAUCAAGUGUUUUUCGGUGCUCGUUGAAAGGAAAAAGCAGCCGGUUGCUGGAGUUCUGGUUGAUUGGGGCGUUUUAAAUAAGUCUGACUCGUUGAGAGUGUUAAGAGGUACAGAUGUCAUUUAUGAAGGGCCUAUUCGAUCAAUGCAAGUUGGAACACAGGCGGUGAGUUCGGUGAACAGGAACGAAGAAGUAGGCAUUGCUCUUCCAAACGAAAAGAUCACUUUCAAAUUGGACGACAUAAUCGAAACAUAUAAAGAAGUGAAGGUGAAAAGAAGAAUAGAGUGGUAUCCACCAGGUUUCUAA